CAUAUUGCAGUGUGAAAAUGACAGAAGUGCUACGUGGUAAUGCUGAUAUUGGCUGUGGUGACGCAUUUGAUUUCUCAAACUGUGCCAGAAAUAUAACCUUGGAAACAAUGGGUGUGAAACCACCGACGAUGCGAAGUACUGGUACAACUAUUGUUGCAGCCACUUACAAAGAUGGUUUAGUAAUGGGUGCCGAUUCGCGUGCAACUGCCGGUAACAUUGUUGCUGACAAGCACUGCGAAAAAGUACAUAAACUCACCGAUUCGAUUUAUGCAUGUGGUGCUGGUACUGCUGCUGAUUUACAUCAAGUAACUAAAAUGUUAUCUGCGCAACUACGACUUCUAGAACUUAAUACUGGAAAGAAAGCACGAGUGGUUACAGCACUUCGGCGAGCCAAGCAGCAUUUGUUUUCAUAUAUGGGUCAUGUUGGAGCAUAUCUAUUGAUUGGCGGCGUUGAUCCUACUGGACCACACUUAUAUCAGUGCUCAGCAAAUGGCUAUACGCAAAGUAAACCUUUCGCUUCGGAAGGCUCCGGUAGUUAUGCUGCAACAACCGUUCUUGAACGAGAUUUCAAAACUGGUAUGGCGGAAGAAGAAGCCGUUCUUUUGGUUCGUCGUGCUUUGGAGGCUGGCAUGCAUGGUGAUAACGCUUCUGGCAAUUCUCUCAAUUUUGUGAUCAUAACACCGGAAACCACAAUAUUCAAAGGUCCCGUAGUUCCACAUUUCUGUGUACGACCAGAACCUGUUGACCUGGACUAUAAAUUCAAGGUUGGCUCUACUAGUAUCCUGAAGCAAAAAGAAAUUAAAUAUGAUAUCAUUGAAAGUAUGGAUAUUUCUCACUGACAUAUUAUCAUCCAUUGCAAUAUUUUCAUAGAUUACUUGUUGCUGUAAAGUUCUCUGAAUCUUCUUGAGUCACGGUCAUUUCUAAUAAGAUAAAAGUUCAGUUUUGAUAGUGCGAAGAUUCAGUAAUUUUUAUUGGUCGAAGGCUACUGUGUCAUUUUGAAAAAACCAACUCUCAGUUAUGAUGCUCCACAGCAGGUAGGGUAGACUGUAUUUGAUGUAUCUAUCUUCACAUUUUGACUUUUUGUAUGAUUUUGCAGCAUCCAAAAACAUCUGGUGGCAAAAUCAGCUGAUUAGAAUUCACUUCACUUUGAAUUCAGAAUUCACUUUUUUUU